CCCAACGCGCAAGGACCCCAGACUCCAGCGCCCCUCACUGCUCCCGCACUUGUGGGCGGGGCAGGGCGAGUUUCAAAGACCUUUGGUCAAGGGGCACGCCCUGCCAGCUGUCGCCCUCUUCCAAUGAUUUGCUAGAACCUAGGCUGAGCCUGCGUCCGCCUUCCUCAAUGUCUGCUCGCUGGGAGCGCUGAGCGCUAGGACUGGACCGGACCUCGCGGGCCGGCGGUGCCAUGAGUUGCAGCUUGGCCGCCGCGCGGAGCUUCCUGGAGCACCUGGAGCAGCAGGGCGGCAGGAAGGGGACGGUUCUGGCCGCCGAGUUCAGUGACAUCCGAGCCCGUUCAGCCGCCUGGAAGGCUGAUGGGGUGCGCUCCACCGACGUUGGCAGUCGGCCAGAGAAUAUGCAGAAGAACCGCUACAAAGAUGUGGUGCCAUAUGAUCAGACACGCGUGAUCCUGUCCCUGCUCCAGGAGGAAGGACAUGGUGACUACAUCAAUGGCAACUUCAUCCAGGGCACAGAUGGAAACCAGUCCUACAUCGCCACACAAGGACCCCUGCCUCACACUCUGCUAGACUUCUGGCGCCUGGUCUGGGAGUUUGAGGUCAAGGUGAUCCUGAUGGCAUGUCAAGAGACAGAGAAUGGGCGGAAAAAGUGUGAGCGUUACUGGGCCCAGGAGCACAAGCCACUGAAGAUUGGGUUUUUCUAUAUUACCCUGACAAAGGAGACACAGCUGAAAGCAGAUAUCAUUCUUAGGACCCUUCAAGUCACAUUCCAGAAGGAAUCCCGUUCUGUACACCAGCUGCAGUAUAUGUCCUGGCCAGACCGUGGGGUCCCCAGCAAUCCUGAUCACAUGCUCACUAUGGUGGAGGAAGCCCGUCGCCUCCAAGGAUGUAGCCCCAGGCCCCUCUGUGUCCACUGCAGUGCUGGCUGUGGGCGGACAGGAGUCCUGUGCAUUGUUGAUUACGUGAGACAGUUGCUCCUGACUCAGAUGAUCCCACCUAACUUCAGUCUCUUUGAUCUGGUCCUUGAGAUGAGGAAGCAGCGACCUGCAGUGGUCCAGACAGAGGAACAGUACAGGUUCCUGUACCACACAGUGGCUCAGAUGUUCUACUCAGCGGUCCAGACCACCAGCCCCCGCUACCAGAACCUCAAGGAGUUCCAGACCCCCAGCCCUCACUACCAGAACCUCAAGGAGGUCCAGACCACCAGCCCCCACUACCAGAACCUCAAGGAGGUACAGAUCACCAGCCCCGACUACCAGAACCUCAAGGAGGUCCAGACCACCAGCCCCGACUACCAGAACCUCAAGGAGAAUUGUGCCCCACUCUACGAUGAUGCCCUCUCCCACCGGACUUCCCCAGCCCUUCUUGCCGUACCCCGCCCACCAGGUGGGGUGCUCAGGAGCAUCUCGGUGCCAGGGGCUCCUACCCUCCCCAUGGCCGACACCUAUGCUGUAGUGCAGAAGCGCCAGGCCCCUGCGGGCGCCGGGCCAGUGGUGCGAGAGCACAGCACCGAGGAGAAGCCACUCUACAGCCAGGUGAAGUCACACGCCCAGCGUCCCGGGGCACAAGCAGAGGACGUGCGGGGUUCACUACCUGGCCGCGUUCCUGCUAACCAAAGCCCUGCCGGACCUGAUGCCUAUGAGGACGUGGCGGAGGGAGCUCAGACUGGUGGGUUAGGCUUCAAUCUGCGAAUUGGAAGGCCGAAAGGACCCCGAGACCCCCCUGCUGAGUGGACCCGGGUGUGAGUUCUGCACCUGUAUCUACCUGUUGCUACACAUGUGUGUUGGAACUGCACCUGCUGGCCACCACUCUGCUGUGGGAUAUGUUGGGAAUGGGAUGCUGGGUCUGGAUCCAAAUAAGAAUUUCUUGGGGUGGGAAAUGUGAGGGUUUUGCCCCAGUGAUUACAGCAGUCAAGACUUGAGGUUGGGUGACAUAGGUAGAAGAUAAUGCCUAGUGAGGCUACCCUGAGAAGACCCUAGAAAGAACACCUGGAAUAGGUACCACCACCACCCCACUUCCCCAGUUAAGCCAAGCCUAGCCAUAGCCAAGAAGACUGACCCAGACAGACAUAAGUAGAUUCUGAGAUAGUCAGACAGAUGGAUCACCAAUCAUACCCCUAAACAGUCAGACCUUCUGUGGGAUUAGUCCACACCUGGACAAAUGGACCCUAGUGAGAGAGACAGACCAACCAACAGCCUGACAGAUGUGUCUCAAGACAUUACUGAGCAGACAGAGCCCCCAAAAGACAGACCCCCUUCACUGGUUACACAGCCAGAUGGUUCCCAACCUGAUACAAGACAUCUCAGCAGGGCAGUCCCCAGGUGGGCAAACUGACUGACCAACCUCCUAGCUAGACAGACUUCCUACCAGAUUUAAACACUUGCCACACAGACAGAUCCUCAAAUGCACAAACAUUGCAGCUAGCUUGCCAGAUUUCCAGCUCUCCAGACAGAUGGAUCCCUAGGCAAGCAGACAGUCCCCACCAACACAGACUCCAUUUCAGCAGACACAUUGAUUAGAUCCUUCUGGGCAGACAGCUGGGUGGACCACUGUUAUGGUUUCAAUAUGAUAUGUUCCUCAAAAACUCUCGUUAAUGCAGGAAUAUUCAGAGGCAAAUGGAUUACAUUAUAAGAACUGUGACCUAAUCAGUCCAUCCUAGGUUGAAUGGACUGGAUUGUAUUGUAGUCAGGUGGGGGUGUAGCUGGAGGAGGUGGGUCACUGGUGGGUGUGCCCUGGAAGGGCUGUUCUUCUAGUGGCCCUUCCUCUCUCUGCUUCUCUCUGCUUCCUGAUCCUGCCUGUGUUGAGUAGCUUUCCUCUUUUGGUCCCUUCCCUCAUGAUGUGCCGCCUCACACUGGACCCAGAGCAAUGGAGUCUUCCAUCUAUGAACUGAGACAUCUGAAUCCAUGAACCCCAAAUAAACUUUUCC